ACCCGAGUCUGUGCAGGGAGAAGCGCCGACGGCCGCCUCGGCCACUGCAGCCGCAGCCCCGGAUGUCGCCGCAGUAGUUGCCGCGGCAGCACCUGCACCCUCGGCGGCCGCAGCAUCCGCCCCGCAGAGCCGAGCCCGGAGCCCGCCGGCCCGCAGCCACAGGGCCUUCAAACCUGCUUAUCAUCUCUCGAACAGUCUUCCUCCCCAGCCGUCUGUCCUUCGCGGACUAGGAGGAUGGCUGCAGCCCCGCCCAGCUGCUGUUUGGUGGCCUUCCCGCCGUGUGCUAAGGACGGUCUGGUGGUGUUUGGGAAGAAUUCAGCUCGGCCCAGGGAUGAAGUGCAAGAGGUGGUGUAUUUCCCGGCUGCUGAUCAUGAACCUGAGAGCAAGGUGGAGUGUACUUACAUUUCAAUUGACCAAGUUCCUAAGACUCAUGCCAUUGUGCUAAGCAGACCUGCCUGGCUUUGGGGGGCAGAAAUGGGAGCCAAUGAGCAUGGCGUGUGCAUAGCCAACGAAGCCGUCAACACCAGGGAACCGGCCGCCGAGACGGAAGCCUUGCUGGGGAUGGAUCUGGUCAGGCUUGGUUUAGAGAGAGGGUCGACAGCUAAAGAAGCCUUCGAUGUCAUCGUCGCCCUGUUGGAGGAACACGGCCAAGGUGGGAGUUAUUACGAGGAUGCUGGCUCCUGCCACAGCUUCCAGAGCGCUUACCUGAUUGUGGAUCGCGAGGAGGCCUGGGUGCUGGAGACCGUGGGCAAGUACUGGGCGGCCGAGAGAGUUACAGAAGGAAUCAAGUGCAUUUGCAACCAGCUUUCACUCACCACUAAGAUUGAUGCAGAGCAUCCUGAGCUCAGGAGUUAUGCUCAGAGUCAAGGCUGGUGGACGGGAGAGGACGAAUUCAAUUUUUCUGAAGUGUUUUCUCCAGCUGAUGAUCAUCUACACUGCUGUGCAGGCAAAGACAGCUUAGAAAAGCAAGAAGAAAGCAUCACUGUGCAGACGAUGAUUGACAUCUUGCGGGACAAAGCCAGUGGCGUCUGUGUGGACUCCGAGACUUUCCUCACCACAGCCAGUGCGGUGUCCGUCCUGCCUCAGAGCAGAAGCUCACCAUGCAUCCACUACUUCACUGGGACCCCAGAUCCCUCCAGGUCCAUAUUCAAGCCUUUCAUCUUUGUUGAUGAUGUAAAACUGGUCCCCAAAACACAGUCUCCCUGUUUCGGGGAUGAUGAUCCUGCCAAAAAGGAGCCUCGGUUCCAGGAGAAACCAGACCGUCGGCAUGAACUCUACAAGGCCCACGAGUGGGCACGUGUUGUCAUCGCAAGUGGCCAGGAGCAAGGUCGCAAGCUGAGGAAGACCAUGCUGGAAUUGGAGAAGCAGGGCCUGGAAGCCAUGGACGAAAUCCUGGCCAGCCCCGGCCCCCUGGACCCCGCCGAGGUGGGGGACCUUUUCUAUGACUGUGUGGACACGGAGAUUAAGUUCUUUAAGUGAAGUAGGCGCUGCCUGUCCCCGUCUUAUUUUAAAUUUCCCACGUACUAAAUUACCAGCAAAACAAACCGCUCUCCUGUUUGAGUAAGACGAGAAAGGUCCGCCGUGGCCACCUGUCCUGAGGCCGGACCACACUGUACACUUGUGUUCUGCCUGGAAUCUCAAAACGUCCCUUCUGCCAUGUGGUCCCCUUCCUUUGCAGUGUGACAUGCAUCCCACGCGCCCGUUGUCCGCCUGUAGGACUGAUUGUGGACUUGAAGCUGCUAUUAUUGUGUUUCAGUGACAAUGGACACUGGCCUGGUUGGGGGAGGCUGAGAUUCACCAAGCCCUGAAAGGCAGGCUCCGCCGUGCUGAGUGUGGGAAAGCAGAAUCUUUUGAAGUCUUACUCUCUCUCUCUCUCAGUAACACUUUCUUUCGGGUUAACAAAAGGCAUUUCUUGGUCUGGCCCACGGUUUUGCGUGUGCACUCGAGGGAGAAGCUUCCUGGCCUCCCUUAACUUGUCUGUAGUGCAGAAUGUCUCCAGAUGUGUCUUCUGAGGGACACAUCUGGCAGGAAGGAAUAAAGGGGUCCUGUCUGGUGCCAGCUCCAUCCCAGUUCCCAUGACCCUCAAGAACCUGUCUGCUGUGCCCUGUGCCUGUGCUGUGGACCCACAGCUGCCCCCACGUGCGGGAGGGCUGGUCUGUGUCAGCGGCACCCUGCCCACUGGAGAGUCAGAGGCAGCCGUGCCUGUGGCUUCCCUGAAUCACCGCGUGGGUCUCCGCAAAGGCACGGGUGCUCCGUUCCGCAGCACCCUCAGCCGUGGAUGCGGCCUGCAGCCGCGAUUCCAGGCCUGGCCACCGCCCCUCGCCCAGGGCUAAGUAGGUGCCCUGUGGUGUAGUUCCACCGCACAGAGCUGCGGAGCUCUCAGCCCUUGAGGGGAAGAAGAGGACAAACUUUUGACUGUUGCGAUUCUAGUUAAAGUAGCUACAAUCUGAGCAGCCACAUGCUCUCAGCGGAGACUUUAAUUAAAGCGAUUUGUUUCCAACGGCAUGUUCCAUGUUCGCAUGAAGAAUUCGCCUUUCCAUCGGAGUGUAGACAAGCGUGCGAGGAAGACCAGAUGGGCUGAGCAUCGGAACCCAGAGGGCAAGAGGGCGGCAGGUGGAAGUAGCAUUUUGCUCCCCGGUAACAGCCCAGCCCCCACCCUUCCUUCCCAGCCUGUUAGAUCCCACAAAGCCGCGUAGGCAGCAGCUGGCUCCCCUUGAGCCUUCCUUCUGUCCCUCCACCCCGCAGUCCCAGUCGGUGCCCCAGAUUGGUGGCUGAAGUGGGCAGGUGGCAGGGUGGUGGUGGGGGCUUAGGUCCAGCUCCUACAACUCCCAACCACUCUCAGAUGGAAAGGGGCAGAGAUGAGUCAUGAAGAGUCUGGUACUAUACCAGCUAGUGGGAGAACUUAAUUAUUCCGAGGGACUCCUCGUCAGAGCCGCGUGUCAUAGGCCGUGAGAGCUGGAAGGGACUCUGGUCCCUACGCAGAUGUGGACCCGGGGUCACAGGUUUUAUGGGAACAGAUCUUUUCUUUCUGCCAGCUCCCCUUUAAGAGUGUAGGCCUAUGAGCAUCACGAGCUUUCGGCCCAGCAGGCCUGUAACUUCUGUGUAUAAAAUCACUGACUCCAAGUGGUGGGAGCCAGGAAGGCUGUUCCACUGCCCGAGUUCACGGCGGCCCUCCGUGGCAGCGUGCAGUCGCUGAGACUUCCGUCCACGUUCGGGCUUCACUGCUGAUUAACUUAGGGCCUCCUGGUAUGGGGAGCUGCCCUUCUGAGAGCAUCUGCCUGCAGCUGCUACGGCGGGGUGGGGGGGGGGUUCCAGAAGGAUGCAGGCACCUCCUCCCUUCCGGAGCCCACCUGCAGAGUGGCUGCCUACAGCAUGACCCGCAGAGCCAGGCUAAAAUUCACAACCAGGUCUCACCUCCACCUGUUAUGGAGACAUGUCAUCAGACCUGGCAAGUCUGUAAUACACAAGGUGAUUAGGGGUUUGACCAAAAGGAGUCUAGUGAGAAUAAAUUGCACAGAGGCCUGCUUUCAUUAUUAUGGGCCAGAUAAAGGUCACGGGUAACCCAGCCAGCCUUAUGCCAUUACCCGGCCAUUGUGCCGUGGGAAACACAGUGGUUGCUUCUGUGAAGGGGCAUUGACCUUAGCCCAGCACCUCAGAGAAGGGCCAACCCCAACUGAGAGUUGUCUGGGCUAACACUGUACAUCACAAUUGUGAUGCCCCUGAGUGGCCACUAGAGGGUGAGGCGGCCCUCUGUGGCACAACCUGGCAGAAGUUAAACGGGCUGGGAUACUUCCACCAGGCAGAGAGGUGGUCUAUGCACAGUCAGACCCAAUAACUGCAGUGAACAGGUUCUCCGUACAUUGGGAGUCAUAGGGCAAGACAAGAAGAGAGCAAAGAAUCUGCUGAUGCGGCCAUAUUCAUUUCUAGUGACUUUUAUUUACUUAUAUUAACAGCUUGAAAUAUGUUGUUGGAUUUUGAGCAGGCUGUUGUGGAGGGGGGGAUGUUUGUUUUUAAAUGCUCCAAACAGACUCUGCUUUUGAAAAAUGCUUACCAUUACGUGACUAGUUUCUUGACCGGGGAUUGCUUUUCUAAAGGCAAUGUGGAGAAAAUGAAUAUUCAAGAUGAACUAUAAAAAUAAUGUUUAGCCCUGGCCAGUUUGGCUC